AUGAGUAGAGAAGAGCCAAGGUGGCCUGAAUCUUCUUAUGAUGCAGAUGCAGGUAAUCAGCCUGAAUCUUCUUAUGAUGCAGAUGCAGAGAACUUCAUUGAGGAACUGAAAAAGUGGAAAGAGGGUAGAACUGAGGAUGCACCACCUGCGAGCUGGGCCUGUUUUGAGGAAGUUUUUUUGGGACGUUUCUUUCCCCGAGAAUUGAAAGAGGCAAAGGUUGAGGAAGAGAAACUGAGGGACAGGGAAGAGUUCAGAAGUAAGAAAGUGAAGACAAGAAAUGAGUCUGGGCAGCAUAAAGGUAAUGUGAACUGUUCGUCCUUUCAGCAAAAGCAAAAAGGACCUGCUCUAUCAUCUGCUAGUGUACCUGCACCCCGAAACAAAGGUGAGUAUAAUGGCCAGAACUCGCACAGCUUUAGAGCUAGACCUGCACAGGCUGCACCUAGAGGAGUUACUUUCGAUACUGGCGGAGGAGCAAACCACCUCUAUGCGAUCACGAGUCGCCAAGAGUAA